AUGGCGCUAAAUUGUAUGCCCAUAUGGACACUCAAACAGCGUAUAUUUCUCUUCCUGAUUAUCGGACUUCUUCUCGUUCUAAGCUCUCAUUACGCCAGUAAGGUACCAUCAUCUCUCCUAACGUUGUCAUCUCCAACCAUCAUAACCCAACCGGCGCAUCAAAUCUCCCUGCAGACAAUAGACCUUUCAUCACCCUCCUCGCCCUUCAUCGCCUGGCCGCUCGCCCGCGUCUGUGCUGAGGCGACGUUCGUGCCGGGCCUGGUGUUCAUAUGCGACAACAACAGCGGUGGGCCGGGCAAUAUCCGGAACUACAUCCUGACGUGCCUGCGGUAUGCCAUCGAGGCCGGGUCCACCUCCCUCGUCCUGCCCCGCAUCCGCUCCCGGUCUGUAACGGACUUGUCCAACAUCCACGUCGGGUACCAGGGCUUUGGGUACAUGUUCGACGCGGCGCACUUCCGGCGGGGCCUCGCAUCGGGCUGUCCUCAGAUCGACGUAUACGGCCGGGUCGAGGACGUGCCGCACGUGCUGGAAAAGGUGGAGCGGGAGGGUCUGUACGAUGUCGAGAAGAUGAUCGAGCGGAUCACGCCGAGGCAGGAUUAUGGAAAUCGGGUGGGCUGUGACCAGAGAGACUUGAACAGGCAUACGGAUCGGUUCGGGGCGCGGUUUCGGGACUGGCUGAACUCAUCGGUGCUAGAACGAGGGAUGCCGGAGAUUUCUGUGCAGAGUCCCAGGCUGAUAAGAUUGAAUUGGGGCGUGCUGUUCGACUGGGAGGUUCUGAGGGAUGGGCCAGAAUUUGUGGCGACGUUUGGUGGGUUGUUGCGAUUUAACGAUGAACUGCUGCAGCUCGGACAAGCUGUCACCAGAGCUUUGAGAACUGAGGCGUCCUUUGUGGAAGGGUCACAGAGCGGACAAGAGAAAAAUAGGUUCUUGGGAGUCCACUUGAGGACGGAAGCAGAUGCGUUGAAACAAUGGCCGAGUUUUGAAGUGCAAGUGGCCGGAUACGUGAAGGAGUCUCAACGACUGGGUUUCCAGGGUGGCAUUGCAUAUCUUGCAUCUGGCAGUGAGGCAGAAGCCAUCAAGUUCAAAGACUUUGCCCAGUCCGAGAUGCAACUUCAAGUCCGAACGAAGCAUGACCUACUCGAAGUUCGUGACCUCGAGAAGUUACAGAAACUCAGCUGGGAUCAACAGGCUGUGGUCGAUUUCCAAGUCUUGCUGGCGGCAAACUACUUCGUUGGCGUUAGUCCAAGUAGUUUUAGUGUCAAUGUUGCGUUGAAACGGCAUCUGCACACCACUAAUUUACGUACCAGGCCUUGGAAAGUCGGCGGUAAAGGCGAUGGACAAAGUUGGCUCGUGGGCACAUAUGACAAUUAUUGGGACGAUUGGUUGUUCAUGUACGAUGGGAUGUGGCCAUGA